AGCCUCCCAGACUGAAGGAUUUUGAAGGCUCAUACUCUGGCUUUGGAAAAAAGGUAAUAAGAAAACAAGAGAGCAUAAAGCCAUGGGAAAACACUCUGGGGCAAAGAUAGACAAAGUACAGUGAAAACAGGAGGAGUCUAGUAGUUUUAAGUAAAUAUUAAAUGAUGCGGCACAAAAAUGUUAAAUUAUAUUGCAAAUACCUAAUGAUUACUCAUAAUUUAGUUUUUGAUAAUUUAGUCUUCAAAAAGAUAUUUUUCUGGGUUAAAAUCACAUUUGCUUUCAUUCCUAGACAAAAUAACUAUUUAGAGAGUAUUUCUCUAGAUGCUACCUACAAGUGCUGCCUAGAUGCCCUUGGGUGGACUCUCCUGGUUCAGCCGUCAGUAGCUCAGCUGCAGGCACUUUUUUGUCCCCUGUGACUAAGUGGAAACUUUGAAAGGUCUGUAGUUUUUUGAAAAAGAUGGAAUUUUUUUGAAUUUGUAACCUCAACCACUUAAGAAGUUGAAUUUAACUUCACAGAUCAUUUUACAGAAAAUAAAACAUCAAGUACUCACAAGAUUGAAUUUCAGGAAAGCCUUCUUGGAUGCAAGAUAAAGGCGGGGUGUAAAGUGAAAACAAAAGUAGCUGGAGUUAGGUCAUUUGAUUUUACACCCUGUACUCAAGACUGCUUCUCUCUGCCGACUGCAACAGAUUGGAACCAUGGAUUUGGAACAGAACCAGUCAACAGAUUAUUAUUAUGAGGAAAAUGAAAUGAAUGGCACUCACGACUACAGUCAAUAUGAAUUGAUCUGUAUCAAAGAAGACGUCAGAAAAUUUGCAAAAGUUUUCCUCCCUGUAUUCCACACAAUAGCUUUUGUCAUUGGACUUGCAGGCAAUUCCAUGGUAGUGGCAAUUUAUGCCUAUUACAAGAAACAGAGAACCAAAACAGAUGUGUACAUCCUGAAUUUGGCUGUGGCAGAUUUGCUCCUUCUGUUCACUCUGCCUUUUUGGGCUGUUAAUGCAGUUCAUGGGUGGGUUUUAGGGAAAAUAAUGUGCAAAAUAACUUCAGCAUUGUACACAGUAAACUUUGUCUCUGGAAUGCAGUUUCUGGCUUGUAUCAGCGUAGACAGAUAUGUGGCAGUAACUAAAAGUCCCAGACAAUCAGGAGUGGGAAAAGCAUGCUGGGUGAUCUGUUUCUGUGUCUGGAUGGCUGCCAUCUUGCUGAGUAUACCCCAGCUGGUUUUUUAUACAGUAAAUGACAAUGCUAGGUGUAUUCCCACUUUUCCCCACUACCUAGGAACAUCAAUGAAAGCAUCAAUUCAAAUGCUAGAAAUCUGCAUCGGAUUUGUAGUACCCUUUCUUAUCAUGGGGGUGUGCUACUUUAUCACGGCAAGAACACUCAUGAAGAUGCCAAACAUUAAAAUAUCUCAGCCCCUCAAAGUUCUGCUCACAGUGGUUAUAGUUUUCAUUGUCACUCAGUUGCCUUAUAACAUUGUCAAGUUCUGCCGAGCCAUAGACAUCAUCUACUCCCUGAUCACCAACUGCAACAUGAGCAAACGCCUGGACAUUGCCAUCCAAAUUACAGAAAGCAUCGCACUCUUUCACAGCUGCCUCAACCCAAUCCUUUAUGUUUUUAUGGGAGCAUCUUUCAAAAACUAUAUUAUGAAAGUGGCCAAGAAGUAUGGGUCCUGGAGAAGACAGAGACAAAGUGUGGAGGAGUUUCCUUUUGAUACUGAGUGUCCUACAGAGCCAACCAGUACUUUUAGCAUUUGAAGGUAAAACUGCUCUGCCUUUUGCUUGGAUACAUAGGAAUGAUGCUUCCCCCUCAAAUAAAACAUCUGCAUUAUCCUGAAACUCAAAUUUCAAAUGUCAUGGUUGCAACUUAUAAUAAAGAAUGGGUUGGGGGAAGGGGGAGAAUAAAAGCCGAGAAGAGGAAAUAAGAUAAUAAAUGUACAAAACAUGAAAAUUAAAAUAAACAAUAUAGGAAAAUAGUAGUAAUGGGCAUAAGUGAAUAAAAACAAUCUGCUGUAAAGAAGAAGAGUUUCAUGGUGAUAGAAUAGUUUUGUAUGUUGGUUGCAGUGGUGGUUAUACAAAUACACAGUGAUAAAAUGGCAUAGAACUGUACACAUACAUUGUACCAAUUUUAAUUUCCUGAUUUUGACCAGGAAAUGGGGGGAAACUGGAUGAAGGGUAACCAGGAAUACUCUGUACCAUCUUUGUAACUUCCUGUGAAUUUAUAAUAAUUUCAAAAUAAAAGAAGUUAAACAAACAAA